CGCUCUUCCAGUCGCGACUAGCCGAGCUCAGAGCGAUCGAUACGCCUCCCGCAGACAUGGCGGCUCCGUGAAGGCGAGAGACGGAGAGUUUCCCACCGAAAGGAACCGGUUGUCACCAGGCCCCCUACCCCGGGCAUCUCGGCAAGGAAAACGCGAGCGAGGAAUACAUCCUGAUGGCAGAGCACCCAUCGCAGGAGGCCCCACCAAGACCCAGCCCACUCUGGGGGGACCUCAGGGCUCUCCUGCCCCCCACAGAGGAAGAGCUGAAACUGGACCUGGGUGCAGCGGUGACCAGCAGCGAGGUACUGUUGCUCCGAGAAGCCAUCGCGCUCCUGUAUGCCGGCCGGGCCCGAGAGAGCCUACAGGCCAGCGAGGCUGCCCUGGACUUCGCCUGGGAGCAGCUCAACACAGGGCCCUGGCAGGACGUGGACAAGGGCUGGCGUCGCGCCUACGCCCUCGCCUGCCUCCUCAAGGCCGUGUGCCUGUGUCACGAGCCCGCAGAUGCCACCACCGUGGCCGAGGCCCUCAAGGUCUGUGACAUGGGCCUGCUGAUGGGGGCGGCCAUCCUGGGGGACAUCCUCAUCAAGGUCGCUGCCGUCCUCCAGGCGCACCUGCCCCCCAGGAAGCGGCCUGACCGAGACCCCAGCCUGGAGCAGCCCCUCGUGAAGAAAGCAAGGAACGGUCCUCUUUCGACCCCAGACAUGGAGCCAGAGAGCACAGUGCCCCGGAUCCGCUGCCCGUCCCUCCAGCACUUCAGGGAGCAUUUCCUGCUGCCUCAGCGGCCCGUCAUCUUGCAAGGCGUCGCCGACCACUGGCCCUGCAUGAAGAAGUGGAGCUUGGACUACAUCCAGGACGUGGCCGGCUGCCGGACUGUGCCCGUGGAGGUGGGCUCCAGGUACACGGAUGAGGAGUGGUCCCAGACCCUCAUGACAGUCAGCGAGUUCAUCAGCAAGUACAUCACGGGUGAGCCGGAGGACGUGGGGUACCUGGCUCAGCACCAGCUCUUUGAACAGAUCCCGGAGCUAAAGCAGGACAUCAGCCUCCCUGACUACUGCUGCCUGGGCAGCGGUGAUGAGGACGAGAUCACCAUCAAUGCCUGGUUUGGGCCCCAGGGGACCGUGUCUCCCCUUCACCAGGACCCCCAGCACAACUUCCUGGUCCAGGUGAUCGGGAGGAAGUACAUCCGGCUGUAUUCCCCGCAGGAGUCAGACGCGCUGUAUCCCCACGAGACGCACCUUCUCCACAACACCAGCCAGGUGGAUGUGGAGAAGCCCGACUUGGAGAAGUUCCCCAGGUUCGCCGCAGCCCCGUUCCAGUCGUGCGUCCUGUCUCCCGGUGAGAUGCUGUUCAUCCCGGUCAAGCACUGGCAUUACGUGCGGGCUCUGGACCUGAGCUUCUCUGUCAGCUUCUGGUGGUCGUAGUCGCAACUUGGGAGAGGCAGGGCCGAGCAGGCAGCUCUCCAGUUCCAGUGGGCACGGAGGCAGGCACCAGGCUGGGUGGCGGCACAGAUGUCCGGGCCCUGGGUUGGCUGCCUGGGUCCUGACUUAGCCCGAGUGGCAGCAGCUGACUCAUCCUGUCGCACAUGGGGUGCACGGCAGAGUCCCAGCACCCCACGCCAGUCACCUCAGCUAUGACCAGUGCAUGCUUGUUGGGCUUAGGUGGCCCUGUCAGGAUAGCCCACCCCCCCACUCUGGAGAGGUGGGCCCCUCCUGGGGGAGGCAGAGCUCUGCUGGGCAGGUUCCCACAGGCACCAGACAGAAACCUCCCUCAGGGAAGCACAUGGCCUCACAGCUUGGCCUCUCAUCAUCUGACCUCAGUGGUCUCUCAAGACAAAAGCCCCCCGACUCCCCACCCCUGGUGGCCCUGGGCCCAGGGUCACGGCUCCCCCGUAGCCCAGGCUCCAGACCCCCAUCAGUGAGUGAGCCACAUAAAUCAGUGGUUUGUACAAA